UAUUUCAAUUCUGCAUAAUACAAUAAUAGCGCGAGUCAGACUCGGCGAACAUAAUGAUCAAUCGGGUAUAGAUUGCGAGGACGAUGUUUGCGCAGAACCUGUCCAAGAUUUCGAUCCUGUGAAAAUAAUUCCACAUCCAGAAUACAAAGACGAACUAUUUAAACAUGAUAUAGCUCUGAUAAAAUUGGAUAGAAAAUAUAAUAAAAAUGGUUGGGUGUAUCCAAUUUGUACAAUUAGUGGAGACUUGAUUUUCAAGGACUAUGUGGGGACUUAUGCAGAAGUUGCUGGAUGGGGCUUUACAGAUCGAGACUCAGAAGUACUUGCACAUGUAUUGCAAACAAUUCAG